AUGCGGAACACCUUUGCCGAUCUCACAGAGUACGACACGUGCCUUCACAACGCACUGGUCUACGAGAAAGAAGCCAAGGAUAAAGCCGCCAGGGAUCAUGCAGGAGGAUACUGCCUGCUGCUCGUGGUGGCCGUGCCGAACCUUGGCAACCGUCGAUAUAUCGCCUUUCUUUUUCCGCAGGACUGUGAAAGGCGCCUGCGGCCGGAAGAUCAUCUGACGGUCAUCUUUGACUUGGAGAACUCUGCUCCUGAGACAGGAUGGCGUGCGGUUAUUAUGGAGAAUAUCAGCUUCACACCUCCGGGGUUCUGCACCCUCAGCCUCAUCCGGCCAUGGAACCGCGAAACCGGCACAUGGGUCGACCUGCCUGCAGACCAGGAGCCUAAUGCGAUUCCCUUCACUACACUGAUCGAUGUGGUUGGCGCGCGCAAGCUCCUUGCCUCUAUCCAGCCGCAGCGGGUUGUCGUGCACCUAGUAUCAUAG